CAAUGUGCGAACUACCUGCCCAAAGAAUGUGACCUGCGUGAAAGCAUACAUCCGCAACAACGAUCCGAUGACCAAAGGAACUACAUUUCUUUUUACUCGAGUGAAAAUUUAACGUCUUUCAUAUUAAUGCAACAUUGUAGUGAUAUUCAAAAUGUGUGUCACAUGCAAGACGGUAAUAAUUUUCGUUUUGCUCAUACCGCACCUGGAAGCUAGUGAUUGGUCCGCGGAAGAAGCGAGCAAUUCCAUCUUAACUUCCGGGUACAAAGAGUACGAGUACGAACUAACACAAGCGCACAAUUUAUACCGGCAAGAUGUGCUUCAAAAAGCGUGUCAUUACAAUGUUUCGGAAGAUAUCGUGGAACGGUUGAAAAAACUGAGACAAAUUCCCACGGACCAUCUUCUAAUCGAUCGUGACCAUAAGUUCCUUUACUGCUACGUUCCAAAGGUAGCAUGCACCAACUGGAAACGUGUAAUGAUGAUAUUGAUAAACAAAUGGAACGGCACGGAUCCAUUAGAAAUUCCUGCUGAUCUGGCACAUUCGUCCGGCAUGUUUGAGACGUUCCAAUCGCUGAGCGACGAGGAAAAAAUUGCUGUGCUGUCAGAUUACCAUCGAUUUGUCUUGGUUCGUCACCCGUUCGAAAGACUGUUGUCAGCCUUUCGCAACAAGCUGGAGGGAAACUCUAAAAGUGCCAAAUACUUCCAGGCACGCAUCGGCAGAACAAUUGUCAAAUCGUUUCGAUUACAUGCUACAAACGAAUCGCUCACCUAUGCCGACGAUGUUACGUUUAACGAAUUCGUACAGUACUUACUGACACCGGAACUUAGCAAAAGCGGCAACAUGUCCUUUAAUGAACACUGGGAACCUAUUUCGCACCUUUGCCAUCCAUGUUUGGUGCACUACAAUGUCAUAGGCAAAUAUGAAACGUUGACGGAUGAUUCCUCUCUAGCACUGCAUCUUGCCGGUGCAGGUGGUUUAAGCUUUCCGAUGGUGUACAAAUCUUCUAGCACACGAGAGCGGCUAAUGCAUUAUUUUGACGACAUUCCUUCAGAGACCCUGAGGCGGUUGUAUUUACUCUAUGAGGAGGAUUUUAAAAAUUUCGACUAUAGUCUAGAAGAAAUAUUUGGCUUCGAACUCGUUUGAGCGAAACGACAGUACCUAGAAAUACUUAGACUCUCGUAUUUAAGUACUAACUUUUUUAAGGGUUUACUGGUGUACUUACUGACAAACAAACAGGGAUGUAGUUGCGGUGUUUUUUUUAAGGUUGUAGGACAAUACAUGUGAUAUUAACAUUAAAUGUUAGGACUUUGUUGACAAUAAUUAAAUAAGCAAUAAACAUUCUUAUUGAUA